CUAACAUUUAAAUCAGUAAACAAAAGUGAAAUUUAAGAAUAUUUCUUCGCAUUCAUUAAUUUAAUCCGUAGUUCUUGUCCGUUGAGAAAUGUCUUCUUUGGUUGAGGAAGACUUAAAAAUCGCAUUAGACGAAAAGAUUUCAUUGGGUGAAGAAUUACUUGCCAAAGUUGCUCAAUUGGAUCAAAUCGAGGGGAUAAGUAAAUUGUACAAGAAAGUGAAACAGGAGAUCAUUUUCUUAAAAAAGGUCAUAUCUAAAAAUCCCAAGAAGGAGCAUUUGAUGUGCACAAAUCUUCACCACUUCAGUGCCCUCAUUAAGUACAUGGAAACCAAUUAUGAAGAGUGCGUGUCAACCUUGCAAAAUUUCCAGUUUCGAAAUAAUUGUAACUCAAGCUUGGAAAGAUCGUUUGGGUCUUCCAAUCAGCCGUGUAAAAUUACAGUGGACGUAGUAACACACAAAAGAAACCAGUGGGUGAAAGUUAUUGCUCGGAACCCUCGAGCCCUUACUCAAUUGUCAGCUGGAGCUGGCAAGUAUGGCCAACGAUCAAUAGUUGACCAAGCAGAGCAAUUUGUCAGCUGUUCAAAGGAGCAUCCAGUCCUCUACAACGCCCCCAAAGUAGUUUUCUUUUUCUCCAAUGGCAUUGAACAAAAUUUGGCGAGACACCUAGAAGCAAGAGGAGUUGUUGUGGAAGGCACGAGAAUCACUGACUCUGCAUGGCAGGGAAGUUACUCAGAUGAAGAUGAUGAUGAUAGUGAUGAAGAAAAUUUGAUUGAAACAAACUCCACUGGAUUUACUGGCUCACUUGCGGACAAUCACAAUGGAAGCAUCAACAAAUUGAAUUUGGAUGUGAGCACAAUGGUUGCUUAUGUCUCUGCACUAACAAAUGGACGAAAUCAUUUCCACUACAAGCAACCUCUCCUGAUGCAACAGGCGGAAUGGGAAAGAAAAAGGCCUGUAAAACCUGUACUGGACGAGUUGUUUGAGGGAAAAAAGCUUUAUUGCUGUGUUUCUGCUGAGAGAGAUUUUUUGAAAAUCGUCAACACCAUGGCUGGCCCUAGUGAAAGGGAGAGAGCCACGGCAUUAAUGGCAAGAGUGACAGUUGUUCCAGAUCAAAUUCCUCCUCGAGUAGCAGCGCUUGCUUUGAGCGCCAAAGUGAAAAGUCGAUCACAAACCGUGUUUGGCACUGGCGAUGCUUUAAAAGCUAUAACUGUGUCUGCUAAUGAAGGAUUUGUCCGUGGAGCUCACAAUCAAGGCAUCGAGUUUGUCGUUUUUCUUCACGAAUCUCGAGCCUUGACUGAAGCAAAGGAGCAGCUGGCCUCGGAGGUUGACAGUCAGACUACAUAGAGAGGUAUUUAAGACUGAGAUUGAAACAAAAAAAAACUGUCAAGUGAUAAAUAAAUAAGUUCUUUUUGUGUUAACAAGUUUCCACAUGCAAAAAUAUAUUUGGAACCAUUUUUUGGGGUUAAUUUUGCUGUUGCAAACAAUGUCAUUAAAAACUAUUUACUUCUUUCACUUUUAUGGAAAUUUUGCAUAAAAACUGUAAACAUAGAAGUUAUUUUAUACCCAUGAUAAAAAAACUUGAUUGAAAGAACGCUUUUACAAUGCCAAGGCUACUUUUCAGUUUCUCAACUAUCUGUUAUUGCUAAGCAAAACAGCCCAACAUACCCUUAGUUAGUAGAGCCAGGUCAAGUCUCAUAUUAUAGCUGCACUUACCUGUAAAUUUGGGGGUUAACAAUUCGCAUCAUGAAGAUGUAACAUACUUAUAUUUAUAAAAAAAAAACUAUCAUUUUCUCUAUGGAUCAACUUUGAUUAUUAUUUGUUAACUUUAUCAUGUAAUAACCCACAUCAUAGAUCAAAACCUCCAAUUUUUUGUCAAUGCUUAAUAGGCUCUUGAUUUUUGCGAUAUUGCGAUACAAAUAUGAUCGUUAUUGUUACUUUUAUAUGAUUCUAUUGAUUUGUUAACUCCUAAAUGCAAUAAAGAUAACAUAUAGAUUUGUUUCAUCAACAAAGUUAUUUUAU